GGAGAGGCCGCCAACCUGGUCGGUAACCAGGGAGCGAGCGGCCCUGCCGCCGGGCGCUGCCACACAGAGGGAGGGGGUGUCCAAUGCCAGCCCGACCUCCUCCAGCUACAAUCCCGAGCUCACGGAAAAUACAUUCCCCCCUCACGGGAAAGUGGCAGAGCCCCGCACGUGAUCCGCGCUGAGGCGGCGGGUUGUUGCCGGUGUCUCCUAGCGACCGGGAACAUGGCGGAUGAGGAGAGUCACACUCCAGAGAUUUCUGAAAACUUGAAGCAAGAUCAAGAUGAACCAGAGAGUGGACAGGAGGAAGAAGCUACUGAGGAUGUGGCUGACGAAGGAGAACCCACGUCACUAGAUACUCUAAAUGUUCCAGAGGACACAGAAACAAAAGUGGAAGAAGCUACUGCGGAUAUUCUUGACGAUGAAGAUGAUAGACUGUCUAUUGAUGUUCCCAUAUUAUCACGUCCAGGAGAUAUACUGGCAGAUGCGGAAGGAAAUAAUGAAGAUAUGACUAAAGAAGAAGAACAGACACCCACACAAGAAUCUGCCACUACAGUAAAUUUCGCCCUGUCUGAUACAGACACUGUACUAACAAAUAUGAUGGUGCAAGAUGAAGUUGCCUUAGGGACUGCUGAAAUGCCACCAAGGAAUGUAAAUUUGACGGUUGAGCUAGUUGAUUCCCAACAGCCGAUGACUGUGGAAUCCCAACGUUUAGCACUUGUUUAUCCAGAUGCAUCAAAUAGAGGCCUUGAUAUAGAAUGUCGCCCCACGGUAGAUGAGUCAAACGUUGAAGAAGAUUUGGAUACAGAUGAAGAACAAGCAGAAUUGAUUGUGCUUGACCCAGAUCAUCCUCUAAUGAAGCGCUUUCAGGAAGCCCUGAAGAACCAUCUUUCAAAGCAGUUGGCCAAGUUAACUCUGGAGCUGAGGGAAUUGUCAUGGCGAAUGAAAAAGCUAACAACUGAACGUGAAGACACAGGAGUGAUUCUUUAUGGCAUACAACAAUCUCUUGCACAAAUGCAAAUGGAGCUUGAAAAAUAUGAUAGCCGUUGCUCAUUGGCUGCAACAAAAAGAAGAAAGGUCGAGGAAGAUUUGGCAUGUGUAAAGAAUCUUUACCAAAUGCAACAAGCCAAAACAAAUAGUGAGCGCUCAAAAGUAUCUCAACUACAAACGGAUGUUGAAAAUAUUGCAUUGCGGCAUUUCUACAUGAACAGCUUACAACAGGAUACGUCUUCUGACAUUAUGGUGAUGAAGCGUGCCACAGAAAAGUUGGAGACUGAAAAAUUACAGGCAACAAAGCUGAAACAGAAGCAGGACAUGUUUGUAGACCGUUUGGUAACUCAAAUGGAUGCAUUGCGAGAACAAAUUGCGAUGUAUGAUGCCCAGUACUUAGCGCAAGCAGAAGAAACAAAAGCAGCAAAAAAUACAGUGGCAGAGGCCAGCACAGAAAUUGUGGCAAUUAACCUUGAGAAGAAGCAAUUAUUUGAGCAAUGGAAGAGUAGUCUAAUUGGAAUGCAGCGACGUGAUGCGGUCUAUGCUGCAAUGCAGGAAGCUGUCAGACAGGCAAAGCAACAGGUAGAAACACUGAGGACUGAAAUACAGGCCUAUAAAAAAUUUAUCGUGAAGCAAGAGGAACGGAAUGAGGCUCUCACUGUUGGUCUGAACAGAUUGUUGAAUGACGUUAAUAUGACCCAGAAACUGAUUAUGCAGAAUCUGGCGAAACAGGAAGGUUUAAAGCAGGAAUAUACCACCUACACUCGGACACUGCAGGAGACAGAACGUUUGUUCAACAAAGCCACAUUAGACCAGAACAUGCAGCAAAAUGAUGUGAAUGUUCUGCGAAUACAAGCAGAAAGGGAAUAUGCAACAAAGGUGGAACUAGAAGACAAGAUUAUGGCAAAAUUGCAGAGUAAAUUAACCAUGAAUCAGGAACACAAUUACUUGAAAAAAAUGGCAAACAAGUUUCGAAUCCAAAAACGUCAACAGGAAAUUGAUUAUGCAAACUUAGAAAAUGAUUAUGCUCAGGUAAUGCUGGACAUAAAUGAUAGAAAGGUGGAACUGAGCAUACUGGAGAAAUCUCAGGAUAACCAGAACAAUGAAUUGAAUGAGAAAAAUAACAUUAUCUCAAAUAGUGCAAAAGAGAUUGCAAAAAGAAUGCUUGUCAUUCAAAACAAACAGUCGGUUCUCAACAUGCAGAACAAGAAGAUUGUACAGUUGAUAGCAGAUAUGGGAGGACAUGAAAUGAGCCCUCAGGAACUUAGAAUCAAAACCUUGACGAUAAAGAUUGAGGAACAUAACAAAGAAAUUGAAUCACUGCAACAAUUUUGGCUUCGACAACAGCACGAGCUGGUCACGCUGACCCAAGAAAGGGAACAGCAAAUGGCCAACGUGGAACUGCAGAGGAAGCAAGUCACUAUUCUUGAACAAAAGAAAAUCCGCACUGAAAAUAUGAUACAACAGGGACUAAAUGCAAGGAAGGACAUUGAACGUCACCUAGGGGUUCUGUCCAAUGAUAUGGUGAAGCUCAACACACUUUUAACAAAGAACAGUUCCCUAAAGGAUGUACUUGAGAAUAUGAAUGUAUUCAUGGAAAACGAAUUUGUAAAAUCAUUGAAGGAUGCAGAGCGACAAUCUAUUGCAAAACAACAGUAUCUGGACCAGCUGAAAGAGGAGAAAGAGCGACAGCUUAACAGUCUUGUGGAAGCAGAGCGUCAAAUUAUGCUGUGGGAGAAGAAAAUACAGUUGGCGAAAGAGGCAAAAACAGCUGUUGACUCGGAGAUUGGACAGGGUGAGAUACGAGCCAUGAAGGCUGAAAUUCAUAGGAUGGAAAUACGUCACAAUCAGAUUAUGAAACUGCAAGAACAAAUGAUUCGUGACAUGGAGGCUACUGUUUCACGCAGAGAGACAAUUUUGACACGCGGGGAAGCACAGGCAAGUGUGGACAAGAAGCACACGACUCGGAAUGAUUAUCGUAACAAGAUACAGGACCUGUGCAAGAAAAUUGCUGAUGUGCAAAAGAAUAUUGAAGAGUUUGACAAAACUAUUCAAGAGUUGAGGAAAUCGCAGGGAACUUUGUAUGCGAAAUUGGGUGGAAAACAGUGUGAGAUUCAAGAAAAUAAAUCUUCAAUCGAUCUUCUUGAUGCAAGCAUUGAAUCUCUACAAGAAAAGAAAGGAGCGAAUCUCAACACGAUAGUGACUUUUCAGACUCGCCUCAAACACCUCCAGGCUGUGAAAGAAGGAAAGUACGUAAAACAGUGCAGAUCUGAAGAAGCACUGAGAAGCGAACUACAGAAACAAGUGAAACGAAUCCACACCAUCGACACUAUCGUUGACCGUGUCAAGGAGGAGUGGCCCCAAUACCAGGGAGUGCUUCGUAAAGUGACUCUUGUAUUAGUUACACGAGGCACAUUACAGGAAUGACUUUCAUAAAGAGAUACUCAGAAAUUAUAGCAAACUAGAUGGUGGAAAGAACUAAUGUAAUAAACAAUCAAAAUUUGAUAAUUCAGUACCCCAUUAUAUGUCAAUUACUAAGGCCAAAUGGGGGCUUGUUGACAGUGUUUCUGAAGAAAUAUCUGAAAUAAUUUUCUUGUGAAAGUGCAAAUGUAUGCUGGUGUGAAUUCAUAUUUUCAAAUAAAAACAUUUAAUUUAA